AUUCUUUUUAGGUGAAGAGCCGGGGAGCCGGCGCUUGUGCAACUCCUGCGUAUUGUGUUCGUUUGCGAUUGCGUUUCGUUCCGACUUUUUUUUAGAGAAAACUGAGAAGGCUGCUCCAGAGUCAGAAUGUUGCCGCUAUCCUUGCUGCGGACGGCUCAGAAUCAUCCUAUGCUUGUAGAACUCAAGAACGGCGAGACGUACAACGGCCACCUUGUCAGCUGCGACAACUGGAUGAACAUCAACCUCAGAGAGGUUAUCUGCACGUCCAGGGAUGGUGACAAGUUCUGGCGCAUGCCUGAGUGCUACAUCCGGGGCAGCACAAUCAAGUACCUUCGCAUCCCCGACGAAGUUAUUGACAUGGUCAAGGAAGAAACGCUGAUCAAGGGUCGGGGACGCGGCGAUGCCGGAAAGCGUGGCGGACCCGGAGGCCGUGGUGGCCGAGGCGGCAGAGGUGGUCCCUUUGGAGGCCGAGGUGGCAGGGGUGAUGGAGAUGGACGAAGAGGUGGCAGCCAAGGUGGCAGGGGCGGAAGAGGAGGGCGUGGUCGUCCAAAUUAGUCUCAUACUGUUCAAGCGCUACCAGAGCAAAUUCAUUUUAGGGCUCAAAGACUGCUACUAUCAUUGUGUACAUUGAUACAAUGCAACUACCAGUCACAUGGAUACCAUCCUGUAAAUAAACUUUCACUGCAAAACUC